AGAGGGCAAUUACGGCAAUUAGAAUAAUAGAAAAACAUGACGCUAAUUAACUAAAUGAUGAAGUUAUAGGAUCCGCAUCUUUCUGGCAUAAAAGACUGUAAGUCAACCAUCCACCCUUUGAUCACAUCACAUCAGCAUCCCUCUAAUCACGAUAACUACUCAAUUGCUGCCGUCUGAUUCACUGACUUUCUUGCCCCAGAGAGUUUGAACCAUAUAUUAAUAUUCCAUUAGCCAUAUAUAUAUAACUAUCAUUGCUUGGUGAGAAGUGAGAAUCAAGAGAGAAUUAGAGAGAAUUAAGGCAUGGCUUUGAAAGUCCUAUCAGCACUGGACAGUGCAAGGACUCAAUGGUACCACUUCAAGGCCAUAAUCAUCGCCGGCAUGGGCCUCUUCACCGACGCCUACGACCUCUUUUGUAUUCCUCCAAUCAUGCGCCUUCUCGGCCGCAUCUACUAUGAUUCUGCUAAACUGUCAAAUAACACUGGGGGAUCCAAUUCAACGGAUAAUGAUAAGUACCAAGUCCCCGCCGUCGUCACGUCCACGAUGGUGGGGAUCGCCUUGGUGGGGACGGUGAUCGGCCAGCUGGUGUUCGGCAGGCUCGGAGACCUAAUCGGAAGACGGCGCGUGUACGGCCUGUCGUUGAUGCUGAUGGUGCUCAGCUCCAUCGGAUGCGGAUUCUCUAUAUGCACCAAGAGGAGCUGUAUUCUGAUCAGCCUGGGAUUCUUCAGGUUCCUUCUCGGCGUCGGGAUAGGCGGGGACUACCCGCUGUCGGCGACGAUCAUGUCGGAGUUUGCAAACAAGAGGACGCGCGGGUCCUUCAUAGCCGCCGUGUUCUCGAUGCAGGGGAUCGGGAUCCUUGCCAGCUCGGCGGUGACGAUGGUGGUGUGCAAGAUAUUUGAGGCGACGACAUCAGCGACGGCGACGGAGACGCCAGACGAGGCGGAUAUUGCGUGGAGGGUCAUACUCAUGAUUGGUGCAGUCCCCGCUGCCAUGACAUAUUAUUGGCGUAUGAUGAUGCCUGAAACUGCAAGAUACACAGCUUUGGUGGAGCAAAAUGUGUUACAAGCAACCAAGGACAUGGUGGAAGUGUUAGACGUUUCAUUGAGUCAAAUAGCGGAAGAUGAACCAGUACUACCUACUGAUCAUAACCCAACUCCCUAUCCUCUUCUCUCCAAGAAGUUCUUCCGCCGCCACGGCCGCGACCUCUUCGCCUGCGCCGCCUCGUGGUUUCUGGUCGACAUCGUCUUUUACAGCAGCAACCUCUUCCAGUCCCAUAUAUACGCCAGUUUUCUCGACCAUAAGAAAGAGAUUAACGCCUACCAAGAUGCCUACAAUCUUGCCAGACUCCAAGCAAUUAUUGCUAUAUGUUCCACCAUUCCAGGUUAUUGGUUCACGGUGUAUUUCAUCGACCGCAUUGGAAGAGUGAAAAUCCAAAUGGUGGGGUUUAUGUGCAUGGCGGUGGUAUAUAUCUCCAUUGGUGUACCUUACUACUCAUUUUGGGACAAGCACAACAACCGAGUUGGCUUCAUGGUGCUGUACGGCCUCACAUUCUUCUUCUCCAACUUCGGCCCCAACACGACCACCUUCAUAAUCCCCGCGGAGCUGUUUCCGGCGAGGUUUCGUUCGACGUGUCACGGAAUAUCGGGGGCAUCGGGGAAGGUGGGGGCCAUAAUCGGGUCGGUAGGGUUUUUGUGGGCUUCGCAUAACAAGACAGAGGAUGGUUAUCCAAAAGCCAUUGGAAUGACAGCCUCGUUGAUCAUUUUGGGAGGAGUUUGCCUUGUGGGAAUGGUUGUGACCUAUUUGUUUACACCUGAAACUAAGGGACGUUCUUUGGAAGAGAAUGAGAAGGAUUAUGAUAAUGAAGAUGAAUUAAGACAAAGGGUUCUUCCUCAACCAAUAUGAGAGUCCCAUAUAUAUUGCAUUCUUCUCCUUCAAUAUAUCAUGAAUGUGUACAUAUAUAUAAUAGGGUUGUAUAUAUUUAUAUUUAAGCUUUUCAGUUGAGGGUUGACAGAAGGUUAAUUACAGUCACUUCUUUUUUUUUUUUUUUUUUUUUUUU